GACGGCGGCGUCCCCCCGGCAGGGCGGGCCUAGGCGCGGCGGGCAUGGAGGAGAACGAGGUGGAGAGCAGCAGCGACGCGGCCCCGCAGGCGGCGCGGGAGGAGCCCUCCGAGAGCGGCCUCGGCGUCGGCACCUCGGAGGCCGUGUCCGCAGACAGCAGCGACGCCGCCGCCGCCCCCGGGCUCCCGUCCCGGGCCGACGACUCCGGCGUGGGGCAGAGCUCCGACAGCAGCGGCGUGUCCCUGGAAGAGGUGUCGGAGAGCAGCUCCAGCACGGAUGCGAUUCCCCGGAUUUACCUGCCAGAUUCAUCCUCCAUUGCCCAGUCCACCUUGGUCUCCAGCGUCUCCACUGUGAGCCAGUCCAUCAUGGUGUCAGAGUCCCCGCAGGUCCUGGUCCACUCCAGCGUCAUCACUGAUGGAGCCACGAUUGUGUCGGACUCCACGGCGUCCACCUCCUCAGACCUAGGUUCUGCCAUAGACAAAAUCAUCGAGUCCACGAUUGGGCCUGACAUCAUCCAGAGCUGCAUAGCUGUGACCAGUGCCGAAGAUGGUGGAGCAGAGACUACUCAGUACCUCAUUCUGCAAGGGCCUGACGAUGGUGCCCCCAUGGUUUCCCAGAUGGCCACCUCUGCUCUGGCCAGCAGCUUGGCAAUAGAAGCUGUGGCCGAUGGUCCGACCUCCACGUGCCUUGACCAGCCGGGCCCCUCGGAGCCGUCGGAAGCGCUGGAGCUGCGCAUGCAGCCAGAUCAGGUCCGAGAGGCAGACGGUGGUGAGGAGCUGGACCAGCCAGACAUGGAGACACUGGAAGAGAUGAUGGAGGUGGUGGUGGUGCAGCAGUUCAAGUGCAAGAUGUGUCAGUACAAGAGUGUCUCCAAGAAAACGCUGAUCAACCACAUGAAGGAGCGGCACUUCCAGCCAGUGGGUUCAGCUUUGGCUUUGAAGAAAGGACGUCCACGAAAAGGAGGUUCUGCUCCAAAGACUACGGAGGAGGAGGUCCCAGAGGAAGAAGAAGACGAUGAUAUCAUGGAUGCUGGUGCUAUUGAUGACCCCGAAGAGGACAGUGACUAUAACCCGGCUGAGGAUGAGCCCCGCGGGCGACAGCCCAAGUACAGCCGCACCGUUCCCACGUCCAGCGAGGAGAGGCCGCGGCGACGCCCGGGGAGACCCCGCAAGUUUCCUCGCCUGGAGGACAUGUCCCAGGAUGUGCCUGACGGAGAGGAGGUGGAGCCCUUAGUGACGUCCCAAAGCACACCCAGCUGUGAGUUGCAGAAUUCGGAAGCAGCCAGUUCCUCUGGCCUGGAGAACGGGACCAGCGAGAGCCUAGCAGAGCCCAGCAUCAGCCAGUCUGACUCGGAGAACAAGGACCCUUCCUCCAACACUGGCCCCGAGGAGGCAGACGUCGUCCCCAGGAGGCGAGGCCGGCCCUCCCGACGCUUCCUGGGCAAGAAAUACCGCAAGUACAUGGGGCGCAGGUACUACUACAAGUCACCCAAGCCCUUAAUGAGGCCCUACCUGUGUCGAAUCUGUGGCUCGCGUUUCCUCACGCACGAAGAUCUGCGUUUCCACGUCAACUCACACGAGGCCAAUGACCCACAGCUCUUCAAGUGUCUUCAGUGCAGCUACCGCUCCCGACGCUGGUCCUCCCUCAAGGAGCACAUGUUCAACCACGUAGGCAGCAAGCCCUACAAGUGUGAGGAGUGCAAUUACACCAGUGUGUACAAGAAGGACGUCAUCCGACACUCCACAGUGCACAGUCGGGACAGGAAAAAGAGAGCUGAUCCGCCCCCAAAGCUGAACUCCUUCCCGUGCCCCGUAUGCAACCGCAUCUACCCCAUGCAGAAGAGGCUCACGCAGCACAUGAAGACACACAGCACGGAGAAGCCGCACAUGUGUGACAAGUGUGGGAAAUCCUUUAAGAAGCGCUACACCUUCAAGAUGCACCUGCUGACGCACAUCCAGGCCAUUGCUAACCGCAGGUUCAAGUGUGAGUUCUGUGACUACGUCUGUGAGGACAAAAAAGUCCUGCUGAACCACCAGCUGUCGCACAUGAACGACAAGCCCUACAAAUGCAGCUUCUGCAAGUACUCCACCUUCCGGGAGGACUUCCUGGUCUCUCACAUGGCAGUCAAGCACACGGGAGGGAAGCCGUUUGCCUGUGAGUUCUGUCACUUCACCACCAAGCACAAGAAGAACCUGCGCCUCCACGUGCACUGCCGCCACGCCGACUCCUUUGAGGAGUGGGCUCAGAGGCACCCUGAGGAGCCACCCUGCCGCCGCCGCCCCUUCUUCACCCUGCAGCAGAUCGAGGAGCUGAAGCAGCAGCACAGCCAGGUGCAGGCCCCGGCCGAGCCUGAGGCCAGUCCGCCGGUCCCUCUUGGCCCCAUCACCUACCAGGCGGUGCAGGCUGUGCCUGGAGCGGAGCCGCCCAUCCUUUCACAGGAUUCCCUGGAGGGAGCCACCAUCAUCUACGAACAAGGCGUGGCUGGAUCGGCAGAACUUGCCACGCAGACUGCCCUGGAUCUUCUGCUGAACAUGAGCACUCAGCGAGAGCUGGCCACAGGCUCGCUGCAGGUGGCAGUAGUGAAGCCAGAUGAUCCAGGAGAGGUACAGACCAGCUGUGAGCCACAGGCACAGGAGGAAGGGGCAGAGCUGGAUUCCUCUGAGCAGCAGCAGAAGUUGGUGACGCUGCACAUGGCAGAGCCUGGGGAGACAUUGGUGCAGGAGGCUUAUGAGGAGGCGACCCUGGGUGGCUCAGAGCUGCAGCAGAUCACUAUUCCCUUUGGUGGCACAACAGAGUACAGCAUCAUCACGCCCAUUAGUGAGGAGAUCCAGGCUCCAGGCACACUGUACAGCGGUGAGGAGGAGAGCCCUGCAGAGACAUCCCGUGCAGUUGUGGUGAGCGAAGCUGUGAUGGCAGAGGCUCUGAAGGACCAUAACAAUCACUACAUCGUGUCACCCGGUGUCCCAGGGAGCCAGCUCCAUCACAUGGAGCCCCUCAGCGGAGAUGCUGCCUUUCCCUUGCCAGCAGAGGGCCAGGAGGCACAGCCAGCCGGCGUCAAGUGGCCCCUGGUGCAGUGUGUCACCAGGCAGCUCCAGAAGGACUCAGCUUUAUCCCCAACCUCUGAAGGGCAGGAAGUCUCAUCCCCAAAGGUCAAGUGGCCUGUGCUCCAAGGCAUGGCCAAGAAGCUCUCGUGCAAGGUUUCUACAGCCAAAAAGCUCUCGUGCAAGAUUUCCACAGCCAAAAAGUUUUCAUGCAAGAUUUGCACAGCCAUGUUCACAGGGAGAGCAGAAAUGGAGAGUCACAAGAGAGCCCACAUUGGGCCCAGCACCUUCAAGUGUCCCGACUGUCCGUUCACUGCAGCCCUCUGGCCAGAGGUCCGGAGCCACAUGGUCCAGCAUGCCAGCCUCCGGCCACAUAAGUGCACCCACUGCAGCUUCGCCUCCAAGAACAAGAAAGACCUGCGCAGACACAUGCUAACACACACCAACGAGAAGCCCUUUGCCUGUCAGAUUUGUGGGCAGAGGUUCAACCGUAACGGGCACCUCAAGUUCCACAUGCAGCGUUUGCACAGCUCAGAGGGGAAGAGGCCGGGGGCACCUGCGGCUGCUGCCCAGCAGACCAUCAUACUGAACAGUGACGAGGACACGCUGGCCACCCUGCAGACGGCUCUGCAGUCAGGCCAGGCGGUGCUGGCUCCUGAGCGGCUGCAGCAGGCUCUGGGGCAGGAGCACAUCAUCGUCGCUCAGGAGCAGAGCAUCACGAGCCAGGAGGAGGCGACGUAUAUCCAGGAGAUCACAACCGCUGACGGCCAGACGGUGCAGCACUUAGUGACGUCUGACAACCAGGUUCAAUACAUCAUUGCCCAAGAUGGUGUACAGCACUUGCUUCCCCACGAGUAUGUUGUUGUCCCAGAGGGACAUCACAUCCAGGUGCAGGAUGGUCAGAUCACCCACAUACAGUAUGAACAAGGCAGCCAGUUUCUCCAGGAGCCUCAGAUCCAGUACAUGCCUGUCUCACCUGAGCAGCAGCUUGUCACCCAGGCUCAGCUGGAAGCAGCUGCACAUUCAGCAGUCUCAGCAGUGGCUGAUGCUGCCAUGGCCCAGGCACAAGGCGUGUUCACCACGGAGGCAACAGCCGAGCAGAUUCAGCAGCUGCAGCAGGGAAUCCACUACGAUGUCAUCACGCUGGCAGAUUAACGUUGGGGACAGGCCUGGCUGAUGCUCGGGGACAUCCGUGCUGAGCAGGACAGCGGCACCAGGCAGGAGCCUCUCCAGCCAGCAGUUGCCUUAUUGCUUUGGGGCUACGAGGGACGUGCCUGAGUGCACGCCGGCAAGGGCGUGCAGCCACGCUGCUGUGCGCAGCCAGGGUCCUGCGCAUUCUUCCUGGCACAGGGAGCUGUCUCGAGCAGAGACUGCCGCAGCCAAGGCACCGGGACAGGCUGAGCAGGGGCAGCGCUCCCGUGUAGCCGAUCUCUUUGCCUGUUGCACUUGAUGGUCUGAAAUCCCUUUUCCUGAAUCACGUCUGUGUGGGCCAAACUCAAAUCAGCGUCUGCCUGGACACAAGGAUCCCGGGAGAGCCGUGGGGCCGAGCACAGCUAGGUGGUACGGUGCGAGAUGGGAGGUGUGUUCAGCCUCAGCCCAGUGCUCCCCCUCGGCAGCCUUGGGCACGCGGUCCUGGCGCGAGGGCAGCCUUCCCUCCUUUGGCUCCUCCGGCCUGCAGGCAGGCGGCAGUAGGGCUUUGGACUGGAGGAACCUGAAAUAGGAAGAGGCAGGGGUGGAAUAUGUUCUAUUUUUCUUCUGAGGAGGGAUGGACUCUGCUGCAGAGUUGGUUUGUAGGUGGUUACGGGAGGGGUUCGAUUCUGAUGUUCUCGAGCUUUGAAUAUGCUUAUGAAUAAAAAGGGAUUGAAACCUG